AUGAAGGUCCAGCGAUGGCUUUUCAACGGUAACCCAGGAGUUUGGUACCGCCUUUCACCCGCCGUUACGCGAUUCAAUAAUCCAAACAGGCCAUAUGCUCAAUUCAGCACCCAAAACUCUCCCUCCGUCGCACCUUCUUGCGGGUAUCACCCUUUGAAAAUUCUUGAUGAUGUUAGCAUAGAAAAUUUCCGCAAGGAGUACUUCAUCGCCGAGCUGCCUGUUAUCCUCCCGCGCCGCCAUUUUCGCGAUCUACCCGCCUUUGGACGCUGGUUCCAGUCUUCCCCAUCCGGGCCCAAUGUAUCCCGAUUGAAUACCACAUACCUCGAGCAGCAUGGAGCAAACGCUAUUGUCCCACUAGAACUUACACAGCCGUCGACAGAACCGGACAAGGGUGAUAUCAGUUUCAGACAAUUCCAUGCGCCUCUCAGUCUUUUUCUGGGAUGGAUGCGCACGUCGGAGGAACAGCCACAGUCGACUAGACUGUAUUUAGCACAAUGCCAGCUAUCCGAUUUGCCACAGACGCUUCGUGACGACUUUGCAACUCCUGAGCUUGUGUCCCAGGCGGGCAACGGCGAUGUUUACGACACCAAUGUGUGGAUCGGUUAUCCCCCUACAUACACCCCCCUUCAUCGUGAUCCCAACCCGAAUUUGUUCGUUCAACUUGCUGGACGAAAAAUUGUGCGGUUAAUUGCUCCCGACGAUGGACAGGUGCUGUUCGCGUCGGUAAGAAGGCAAUUGGGGAAGAGCGGGAAUCGCGAAGCUGCUGUGUUUCGAGGGUCAGAAAUGAUGCAGGGACGAGAGCGAACAUUGCUAGAGAAGGAGGUCUGGGACGAUGGUUUGGACACGGCCAGUUCGGCACGCAAGUAUAUUGGGUACGAAGCGCAGCUGGAGGCUGGGGAUGGGAUGUUCAUUCCUAAAGGAUGGUGGCAUAGCAUUAAGGGGGUAGGACAUGGUGUCACUGCUUCGGUCAAUUGGUGGUUUAGGUAA